AUGGCUUCCAUUGCUACAGCCACAAACGAUAUAAUCCAACUGAAUGCCCCUACAAACUUUCCCAUUAAACUUACUACCACGAAUUUCCCAGGGUGGAGACGUCAAGUUCACUCCACACUUGUUGGGUUUAAUCUUCUGGGUUACAUCGACGGUACCACCAAGGAACCCGCCAAAUUCACUGAUACUGCUCAAACUGUCGUUAACCCGACCCAUCUAAUUUGGUAUCGUCAAGACCAAAUCAUUGUCAGUGCACUUCUCGGUAGUUAUACUGACACCAUACAGCCCCUCAUCUCCUUAGCUACGAUAGCCCACGAUGCGUGGCAACAUCUGAUUGCUAGUUACGCCAGUGCCUCUCGAGGACGUAUCAUAUCCCUCAAGGCCAAGCUCACGAAAAAUUCGAGAGUUUCUCGGUCCAUUACGUCUUACCUCAAUGACAUGCGAGCCUUAGCUGAUGAUCUUGCGCUGGCUCAGUGUCCAGUUUCGGAUGAAGAUCUAACUGUCUACAUAUGA